AUGGGGGCUACACCGCCUCCCAAGGAGGCCACGACUUCAUUUUCGCGACUAUUCUGGCCGAAAACGUCUAACCCGUCCGCGACGGUAUCGCGCACGAGCGCAAUGUCGCAACCAGGGGGCCUCUCGGCCCCCGAUGAGCUGACCAUGGACACAACAGAGUCAAUUGCUGUCUCUGGCUCCGCCUUUGUAUCGACGAGCGUGCCCGAGGGAGCCUCCCUCGAGUCUCCUGACGUCACCACGUCCGAUGCCAGUCCCAUGGAGGUGCACGACGGUGACUUUAUGACGGAGAGCGUUGACUCGACCGACGACGAUGUCGGAUCGGUACUGACGGAGGACGAAGAAGACUAUGAGGACUACUGCCGUGGCGGUUACCACCCCGUUAGUGUCGGCGAUGUGUUCUCCAAUGGGCGCUACGUCAUCGUGCGCAAGUUAGGCUGGGGCCACUUCUCGACUGUGUGGCUCGCCAAGGACCGCGUCGCGAAUCGGCAUGUGGCCCUCAAAGUCGUCAAGUCGGCUCCGCACUAUACCGAGACAGCGCUCGACGAGAUCAAGCUGCUGCAACGCCUGGUCUCUGCCAACCAAAACCACCCUGGCUGCCGUCACUGCGUAUCGCUGCUCGACCAUUUCCGACACAAGGGUCCCAAUGGCUCGCACGUUUGUAUGGUGUUUGAGGUGCUAGGUGAAAAUUUGUUGGGCCUUAUCAAGCGGUAUCAACACCGUGGCGUGCCCGUACACAUUGUCAAGCAAAUCGCCAAGCAGGUGCUAUUAGGCCUGGACUACAUGCACCGCUCCUGCGGCAUCAUUCACACGGACUUGAAGCCGGAAAAUGUGCUCAUCUGCAUUGAGGACGUCGAAGCCGUCGUCGAAGCCGAGCUGCGAACGAAUCCCAAGGCGGUGCCAACGAAGCUCGUGGGUGUGCCGCCGAGCCAGGGCCGCGGAGGCACGCAGACGCCGCGGCGCGACUCAGUGCUUAUUACCAGCUCGCGGCCACUGCCAAGUCCAAGCAGCAGCCUUGGAUCGAGUCCCAUGUUUGACAAGCUCGCCUUUGCCAUGUCGAAAAUUGGCGCGACGUCCGCGAGUGGUUCAGCGCCGUCCGAGUCAUCGCUGCCAAGCCCUGGCAUAGGCAACUCUCUGUUCCCGCCGAACGCCCGUGAGCCGUCGAGCGCGUCUUCGCACCACGGCGCGGGAGGCUCCAUGCUGGGUAACAAGGUGGCGCUUCCCUUGCGCAAGGGCCCUUCUCUGCUGUCGCAGCAGGCUCACAAGGCCGUGCAUAGCAAGGCACCCGAGUCUGACACUCCUACUGAUACCACCACGUCCCCUUCGGAGAUCGGUCAGGACAUGGCCGCCGAGCUUGGAGAGGCGCCGGCCCAGUCGCAAUCGCCACCGCUGGGCCUGUCGCCUGAUCCGCUGCGACCUGCGCCGGCGGCCGGUGACCCUACGACACUUCCGCCGCCGCCGCCAUAUGAUCCAUCCACGCUGGAACGUAUCACAGUAAAGAUUGCAGACCUCGGCAAUGCCUGCUGGACAGACCACCACUUUACCAACGAUAUCCAGACGCGUCAGUACCGGUGUCCGGAAGCGAUCCUCGGCGCCAAGUGGGGCACGACGGCGGACCUGUGGAGUGCGAGUGCCAUGUUUUUUGAGCUGCUGACGGGUGACUACCUGUUUGAUCCGGCGGCGGGCGCCAAGUACAACAAGGACGACGACCAUAUUGCGCAAAUCAUCGAGCUGCUGGGCGACUUCCCCAAGAGUGUGGCCUUUUCGGGCAAGUAUAGUGCAGAGAUCUUUAACCGGAAAGGUGAGCCACGGCAUAUCCACAAGCUGCGGUAUUGGCCCCUGGUGAAUGUCCUGCAGGAGAAGUACUUGCUCACGCCGGAGCACUCGGAGGAGCUGUCGUCGUUCCUGUUGCCGAUGCUGCGGCUGAGUCCCUCCGAACGCGCAUCCGCGCGCGAGGCCCUGACCCAUCCCUGGCUAGACGGUGUGAUCACCCAGGGCGAAAUGGAGCUUGCGUUGGAGCAGCAGCUGCGGGCCAACGAGCAGGGCGUGCAUAUUCCGACUCGCCACGAGCUCGACGUGGAGGAUGCGCUGAAGCCGAUCGCGUCUAUGGCGUCGUCGCCCGUGCCGUCGGAGAGCGCAUGGCCUGUCGACGGCUCGGGCGACACGACGUUGCUACAGUCACAGCUAUCCGCGACGCGGCUUUCGUCUGAACAGGCUAGUGAAUCUGAGGUGUGA